GAGGAGGGCGAGAGAGCAGAAGCAUCAUACAGAGAGAGAGACGCGCACGCACGCACAGACGAGUGACAGAGAGCAAGGGGGGGAAGACAGAAGAGGAGGAGAGAGAGAACACGGGAGGAGGAGGUACAGGUGCACGUGGACUCCGGGACCCUGCACUGCUACCCAAACACACACAGACACACACACUCGGACACACACAGACACACACACACAGACACACAUUCACACAGACACACACACACACAGACACUCAUCCACACAGACAUACACACGGACACACACAGACACAUACACUCGGACACACAAGAUACCCACAGACACAGAUACAAAGCCAAAGAUCCCCCGGAAAGCCUGAACAGACUUUCGGGGCAAGUGCUAUUGGCGAGUAGCGUCUGUUAAGACACACAGGCAGACACACAGACAGACACACAGACAGACACACACAGACAGACACACACAGACACACACAGGCAGACACACACAGACACGCAGACGCAACUGGAUACAUUAAUUGUGGGGGAGAGUGAGAGGAGAGAGAGGGGGGGGUGAAAGGGGGACAGAGCAAAGGGUAUAGGGAGCGGUGAGGACCACGAGAGGAGCCUCCAUCGGUCACCAUGGAAACGGAGCCCGGGUCACUCCUAGUCGGGACCCUCAUCGACCUUGACCCCGUCGACUCGGGGGUCCCCGGGGUCUCCGAGGUCACGGGGGUCUCCUCGGGGGACCUCCUGUCGCUGCCCGCCGCGGGGGGCCCCGCGAUCGACCUCCUGUGCGGCAGCCCCCGCGUCGAGAGCCUCGCCCUGCCGGGGGGCGGCGAGCCUCUCCCCCCGAGCCUCGACCUCCUGUCGGGCAGCCCCCGUGACCCAGGGGGACCCGUCCCCUCGGGCGGGGACCCGUGGAGGCCCGCGGGGGACACGUGGGGUUCCAGCGCCGAGGGGACCGCUGCCGCUGACCCCUGGGGGCCCGCGACAGGCCCCUGGGGCGACCAGGCCGAGGCCUCCGUCGAGGGGUUCGGGCCUCAGGAGGGAGGGGACGUGUGGGUCCUGUCGGAGGCGACCCCCUCCGAGGGAGUCCCCUCCAAGGGGGUCUCCGAGGGGGUCGGAGGCCACCAGAAGCGCGGUGCCGGCGAGGAGUCCCCGACGGCGAGCGAGGCGACGGAGUCGGCGGAUUCGUCGGAGGCGGAGGGGGAUGAUGGUCCCGGCCCCAGAGACGAGCAGCAGCAGCAGCAGCAGCGAGGGGACGGGGAGGAGGAUGGCCCCGAGGAGGAGAGACCCCUGGUCGGGUCGGGGUCCGCGGGGUCCCUCGGAGCCCCCGAGGGAGGGGAUGAGGAGAGCCCAGCCGGGGGUAGGACGUUCGUGAGGAACUUGGCAGCGAAGAUUGUCGACGAAACCGAGGAGGUGAGCGAGGAGGAGCGAGCCACAUUUGCCGAGGCCGUGUCGGGGGAGGGAGGCAAGGGGCGCGAUUGGUUCGCCCGCUACAUCGUGGCGCAGGUGAGACAUCCUCCCAUCGCAGCGCCAUCACACGCCGCCAUCGCCGUCAUCCCGGAUCAGUGUCAACUUGCGUGCGAGUCGGUGUGA